AUGAUGACCAUGAACGGCAAGCAGCAUUUCUCCAUGCACCCGGCUCUGCACGAGCCCAAGUAUCCCGGCCUGCACUCAGGCUCGGAGGGCAUGCGCAGAGUCUGUCUGCCCGCCCCGCAGCUGCAGGGCAAUAUAUUCGGAGGCUUUGAUGAGAGCCUGCUGGCACGGGCAGAGGCUCUGGCGGCUGCUGACAGCAUUGUCUCUCACGGCAAGAGUCACCCGUUCAAACCAGACGUGACUUACCAUACCAUGAGCAGUGUCCCCUGCACCUCAGCCUCCUCUUCUUCCUCCACCACCGUGCCCAUCUCCCACGUCCCUUCCACCAUCGCCUCCCACCACCAUCACCACCACCUGGGACAGACCCUGGAGGCCGGGGACCUCCUGGACCACCUCUCCACCAGCCUGGCCGUGACCGGGAUGGGUGCUCCGGAGCCUCCCGGGAUGACCACGUCGGCGCACCACCACCAGCACCCUCACCACCACCUGCAGACCAUGGGGCAGCUGCACCAGGCGAUGGCCAACAUGGCCCACCCUCACUCUCUGUCAGUGCACGGCGGCAUGGCGUGCGUCAACGACGUGGAGUCGGAUCCCAGGGAGCUGGAAGCCUUCGCCGAGCGCUUCAAGCAGAGGAGGAUCAAACUCGGAGUGACCCAGGCGGACGUCGGGUCGGCGCUGGCCAACCUCAAGAUCCCCGGAGUGGGGUCUUUGAGCCAGAGCACCAUCUGCAGGUUCGAGUCCCUCACCUUGUCCCACAACAACAUGAUAGCGCUCAAGCCGGUUCUCCAGGCCUGGCUGGAGGAAGCAGAGGCUGCGUACCGGGAGAAAAGCAGCAAGCCGGACCUUUUCAACGGGAACGAGAGGAAAAGAAAGCGCACCUCCAUCGCCGCGCCGGAGAAGCGCUCUUUGGAGGCGUACUUUGCCAUCCAGCCUCGGCCCUCCUCGGAAAAAAUUGCGGCCAUCGCCGAAAAACUGGACCUGAAAAAGAACGUGGUUCGAGUGUGGUUUUGCAACCAGCGGCAAAAACAGAAACGAAUGAAAUACUCUGCGGUGCACUGA